AAGCGCAGCUCCCAUACCCUGUCAGUAUCCUGCCAGAAAUAGACGAACGCGCUUCAUCUUGAACUCUAGAGUCUCUGUGCCCGCGCAUUCACGCUCACGCACGCGCACGUAGAUGUGCACUCCCUUCAGAAGGCAGAGCGGACUCCAGAGGUCGCCCCUUCACAUUUAUAUUGUGACUUUACAGAACGGGUGCCGUGAUGAGAGCUCAUAGAGAAGGGAUUCGUGCCGCCGACACCGCUAUCGUCAUGGACUUAACACUGCUACAACCCCAAACUACCAAGUGCAUCACAGACUCACCUGAGAUUUCGUUUCGGACUGGAACCCCUAUGAAGACGUCCACUCAACAACACCUGACCAAACUCCGAGUUCGAAAAAAGCUGCUGUUGGACAAGAGACGUCUGUGCGCCUGGGCGCUCGGGACAGCACUGCUUGGCAUUUUUCUAAUGAUCCUGCAUACCGAGUCAUGCUGGCUGUCAAAUGGCAAGAUUACCUUGUUUUCCUACCUUAUCAAGUGGAUGAUUACUUUCUCGACUCUGUGUCUUCUGGGACUCAUUAUUGCCUUCCACUGUAAAGAUAUUAAGCUCUACAUCAUUGACCAAUCUUUGGAGGACUGGCUCAUCGCCAUAACAUGGAAGCGGCUGUUCUUCAUAUUUUUGGAGUUGCUGGUCUGCAUGCUGCACCCAUUCCCAAUAGUUUGGUCUUUGGCCCACAGUAAAUGUGGUGGUGGCUGGCAGGAAGAUGGCAAUUCAUCAGCAGCCUCCUCCCCUUCCUCUUCAUCAUCUUCCCAGCCUGUGUUUUUCUUCUCAGGUGCGGAGUUGCUGCUGUGUAAUCUGAUGUUUCUAAGACUCUACCUGUUCCACAGGGCUAUUCUUCUGCACAGUAAGGUCCUGCUGAGUGCGUCAUACCGCAGCAUCGGAUCCCUCAACAACAUCAACUUUCACUUUCGCUUUGUCCUGAAAGUGCUGAUGAAAACAUACCCUGGUCGCACACUCCUCUUCAUCGUCAUCUCUCUCUUGCUAAUUGCUGCUUGGAUGCUUUCAAUUUGUGAGAGGGGAGUAGAGCAUGCAGCUGGCCGGAUGGAUGAUGCCCUGUGGCUUAUUGCCAUCACGUUCCUCACUGUGGGUUAUGGGGACAUGUACCCCUACACAACAUGUGGUCGCAUUGUCUGCCUGAUGACUGGAGUGAUGGGGUUGGGAUGCACAGCUCUACUUGUCGCUGUUGUGGCAAACAAACUGGAGUUCAACAAAGCCGAAAAACAUGUUCACAACUUUAUGAGGGACAUCCAGUGCUACAAGAAGCUCCAGAAUGCAGCAGCAGAUGUCUUGCGGGAAUGUUGGCUCCUCCACAGAAGCCGCCGUUGGAAGAGAGACAGUCAGGAAAACCGGCAAAAGCAGAGGGACCUCCUGGAAGCCAUCCAGCUGUUCCGGAAAGCUCGCUUGGAUCUACGAAAGCUAAGAGAUCGUGCCAGUGAAACGAUUGACCUUUCAAAGCUCCAGAUGAUCAUGUGCGAUCUCGAUGCCAACUGGAAAUCCUCUUACAAAGUGCUUGAACAUCGCAUAGACUCCAUGGAGAAGAAGAUAGAUGAUUUAGGAAAAGCCUUCCAGAACACGUCGCUGCUGAUGGCUUCAAUGAUCCAGCAAUGGCCAGCACCGGGAAUGAACAGAGACACCGACAUACUUUAGGAUAUCCCAGGAAAUGUCUAUGAAGACAGUUGGACUGUUUGGACCAAAUCUGCUGCAGUUCUUCAUGCCAGCACUAGGAGGCAGACAGAACAUGGGAGAAAGGCAGUGCGCCUUUCAACUCUUCUUCCAGGAAAAAUGCGUGAGAAGUCUUAGUGCGAGUUUAAGGAUAGGAUGGCCUGUCCACACGCUGCAAACAGUAUACAUCAGGAUACCGUGUCACAUGCCCCCCCUAUCAGCGUUUACUGCAGCAACAAAAGGUGGACAUCCAAAAAGAAUUUUAAAAUGGACAAGCAAGAAUUUGGCUACCAACAAUAACGACAUUCAGGAUAAAAUUAUUUGGGAAUACUCACUACAUAUUUUAAUCUGUCACUAAUGGACUGUUUACUGAUGUAAACGAAGAACAAUCCCAACUUUUUAAAUGCCUCAGCAGUGCUAAACUCCUUUGCAGCCUUAGAAUGAUUUAAAAAAUAUAAAGCCCACUCCAUAACUGGAGUGCAAUAAUAAUAAUAAUAAAAAAAGAAAUUCCCACUCUGUACUGCAAAAAAAGGAAAGGGGAAAGCGGACAAUCACUAAAGAAAAAUAAGUGACUUUUGAAAAACAAAAAUGGUUUGUAACCACCGAGUUCAGGAGAAGAACACGGAGGAAGCCAAAUGUUACCCACUACAGCCAGUCUCCUUAAAACUUGAAUCACAAUAUGUACUUCUUAAAAGUUUGGCAGUGGGGUUUUCACGGUGGUUGAACAACAAGUACAACUGAAGUCUUGAGGGAUGGCUUUAUGAGCCAACUCAGGAAUAUGCCACCCUCACCCUCCAGUUUCAGAAUGCAACUGAAACAAGGACGCACCGACGGCAGCGCGCCAUUUCACUAUUGCUUCCCAAACAGCGACUUGCCAGGUCCAGAGUUCUUUAGGGCACAUGGAAGCUGCACCACAGAUCUGUUGUAAUGUAUCUCUGUCAUCAUGAGCCCUUUCAGAAAGUCCUGGCACUAGAGAGUUAGUUAUAAAUAUUCAUAUUUAAAAGCAGAAGGAAGUUGCGUUUGACAGUAUGCUUAAAAGACAGCAAAAGCAAAACCUUCAGAUCAGUUAGAAAAGCCUUUUCCUCCGUUACAAUAUUCAUAACAAUUCUCUAGUGGAAUUAGUUUGAACUCUAUCAGGGCGGGAGUCGACUUGUGUCGACACAUAGGGUUGAGGUGGAUGUUGCUGGGGCAGAGGACAGUAAUCGGCUGUAAACGUUGACAAAACAGCCUGUUACGUUAUAGUUUGGCAGUAUGUGCUAUGCUGGUGCCGCGAUUUCAGGCGUCUGUUGCUGCAUAUUGUGACCGCUGUUGCAAAGACAGCUCAUCAAAAAUGGCUGCCACAGCAUGCCCAGUAUGCAGCAACAGACGCCUGAAAUUGCGGCAUCAGUGUAACACAAUGUGGCGUUUAACGUUAUCAUAACUUGCAGUACUAUGCAGUGUAAUAGGUAUAUGAAUUCACAUCGUGUAGAGCAGGGGUGUCGAACUCCGGGCCUGGAGGGCCGCAGUGGCUGCAGGUUUUCAUUCACACUCUUUUCCUAAUCAGUGACCAGUUUUCACUGAUAAUUAACUUCUUUUCCCUUCAUUUUAAUAGCCCUGUUUUUAAGGACUCAGUCCACUGAAUUGAUUCUUUUCUUCAUUAAAUGGCAGCCAAACAGAAAUGAGACGUGAAACGAGCCAACAGAUGAGCAGCUAAACUAGGGCUUCAAACUCCUGCCAGUCUCUUAACGAGAAUCUAAUUCUUGCUGUUAAUUAAACCAAUUAUUUAAUUCCACGGCUUGUUGCUGCUCUCAUUCUGCCACGGCAGACAUUUCCAAAACUGUUGAUUUUCUGUUUUUUCUAAGAACGCCGUCGAGAUGUUUUGGUGACUUCGGAGAUCAACCUUACUGAGACCUUCACCUUUCUUUAUGUUCAGAUAAUGUGGUUAGCUGGUGAUGUGGCAGCUUGUUUUGUGCCUCAUUAUUGUUUCUUUUUCCUUAAUGAGGAGCCAAAGAACUAUGGGGUCUGAGUCAAGGGAAUUAAAACAAAGGCAAAAGAAGUUAAUUAGCAGCAAAAACGGGUCACUAAUGAAGAAGAUGGAAUUAGAAUGAAAAUCUGCAGCCAUUGCGGCCUUCCAGGACUGGCGUUUGACACCCCUGGUGUAGAGGCUCACGGAACUUAAAACACAGGGACGUCUGUCAUAAAUAAAUAUUUUAGGUGUGAAACCAUUGUUUUGUGUGCUGUUCAGAAAACAGUUUUUUUGGGGAAAAAUAUUCAGCCUUGGGCCAAAAUGGAAAAAAAAAAAUUAACCCUCAAAGAGUUGAAAACUAAUUAAAAAUGAAAAGCGCAGGUAUACAAGUUUCCAGCAACCUUCAUCUCCAAAGUCUUUUGGAACCACUAUGGCCAUUUUAUUCUUCCAAAAAACGCCUUAACUUGGACGUGACCUUAAAUGCUGCACUGCUGUAAUAUCAUUCAUCAUUUUCCACUGGCAGCACCAGUUCCAUAAAGUGACAGUGGCUGCCAAAGUUGCCGUUUACUUAGAUGGUCAGGUCACUUGUGUGCCCGGUAUGCAGCAGCACUGAGACUUGAAGGGCCCAGGCUCAGUGACGGGUAAGGCGCACACACACAGCAAAAGGUUUGACAAACGUGAUCUCUGUUACAGCACAUUAAUAAAUACAGAAAGGUUUCAGACUGCAAACUGCUUUAUAAGAUCAGUAAAGUAUAACUAACUGCCUUCAUAUUUCUAGAACGCGAGCAUUGGUGUGUUAACUGCCUUGCUUAGGGGGUCAUGCAGUGAGUCAGUGGUUUGGCUUGAACUGAAAACCUUGUGCUUUAGGGCCUUUGACACUUGCUGCACUCCAUCUUCAUUGUCUUCCGAACAAAGUACUUUUUGCUAAUGGCACGACUGCUUACCAGGCGAGCAGAUUUACGGCUCUCUUGAAAGGCUUGAGUAAGACAGUCGAAGAGAAAUAACAGUAGACUUGCUCUGCUAUUUGGCACAGGACUCUCUGACAUCAAGAAGUGGAACUGCUGAUGAGCAUGCAGGCGAAGAAGAUAAUGAACGAGUGACGACUCUUUAGGACACUAUUUUCUCGUCUGCACUUUUUUUUUGACAUUUUAAAGUAAAACCACUGCAGGACAAUAAACAGAAUGGAAUUUCCAAACGAAACUGUGCCUAACCCCAACUACAAUAUGGAGUCCAUCCCCAGAUGCCAUUCUUGCAUCAGAGACUAAACCCUGGACUGGACACAAGACGACAAUUAUACACACUACACUACCUACCGUUUACGGGAGCAACGGGACAGGACUUGAAAACUUCUCACACACAGAGUGUGACCAGGCCGGGCCGGGAACUGAAUCCAGAUCUUCAUCAUGUGGGAGCACCGGACAACCAAAAGAAAAAAAGAGAAAUAAUGAAAUGCAAAGGAAAUUUAUUACCAGAGCUCUCUUCAUCUUCAAAACAUUUCUUACAUGUUUACGAAUGGAAGGAAGCCAAUUCUUUAAAUAAUGAACUCGGUUUAAGAUUAACAGUGACUGAUUAAAUACAAAAAGGGUUGGAAAAAAUAAAAAUAAAAAAAUAA